CCUGGCAAUCGAGGUGUUGGCACAAUCGUAUUCCCCUGAGACGGGCCUGGAAUUUCUUCACAAGCCCUAUUCGUCCACCUCCGAUUAUCCUUAUAAUCUUAGUUCCAAGCUGAAGAGGUUCGUUGUGUGUCAGUGCAAUUGUCAAGCCAUGGCAACGAUGGCGGGUGCUUGCUGCUUGCCCUCCGCCGCUUUCUCGCGCACCCUGGAUGAGUCGUGUAGCAGCAGCUCCGGCUCCGUGUUCGCUACCUUUCAAACCCCGCAGGCGGUAACUGGGAUGUGCCGGAGUUUGAAGCAACUCGGCCUUGUUGGUCGUGGAAGGGGGUGGUUGGGUGGGUCGUCGGCUUUGAAAGCCAGCUCGGUGUUCAAUUCGGCCUCUUCGUCGUUUCAAGGCCGGAUUUGUCUGUUUCUCACAUGUCCCGUGGGUUUUGCAUCAGGUGAGGCGAGAGAGGGUAGAAGGGUAGGAGUUCAAGCGUCUUUGCUUGGGGUAGGCGCCCCGGAAGCUUUGGUGAUAGGCGUGGUGGCACUGCUCGUGUUCGGUCCGAAAGGUCUUGCCGAGGUUGCCCGUACCUUGGGCAAGUCGCUGCGGGCAUUUCAACCGACGAUUAAGGAGCUCCAGCAAGUAUCUAAUGAGUUCAAGGCCACCUUGGAGCAAGAAAUAGGUCUAGAUGAGAUGCGGAAUCCCUCUUCUUAUGAUUAUCCACCUACUUCAACUCCAUCUCGUCCCUCCUCCGACUCGUCGAUUCGAAUCUCCAUCCCGCCCACCCUCUCCGCAACCGAAGCGCCCAAGUCUGAAGAGGCGUCUGUUCAGGCUCAGCCUUAUGUCGCAGAUGACUAUGUCAGGAUUAAGGAGGACCAAGCCAACACCCUUGUUACAGAAGAACAGCGUAAAGCCUCUGAGGCUGCUGCUUGGGGAGGCUCUCGUCCUGUGAAGCCCGCGGCCGAGGACUCCACUGGAGAUCAAGUUCAAACGCCAGCAAAAUCUUUUUUCAAUGACAAUGGACCAGUGCAAGCGGGAAGCACACCGUCCAAACCAUUAGAAAGACCCAUUGAUAAUGACAGUCAAAAGUCUUAGAACUGCAAAUAUUAGUGCGAUUUUUUUACAAAGUGUAGUGCUUUUAGCAGUUGAAUGUAGAGUUGUGUGUCAUUUUGGUUUUACUUCAACAAUGUUCCACAAUGACUUAAACAUGAGCAGUUACGUGUAGAAGGCUUAAGUGAAGGGUAAUAUCCAGUAUUUCAUAGCAACCUACUCGGGAAGAUUGUUGUACUACCAAAUCUUACAAGUUGCAUGUUUGUGUUGGAAUGUCUCCAAGCAAAAUCCGCGAAAAGCGAUCCAGAAAUCCACAUAUUGACCAA